AUGGGAUGUAGAGAGGAGCAUAAAGUAACUUAUGCUACUUAUAUGCUGAGUGGAGAAGCUGAGAACUGGUGGAGAUUUGCUAGUCAAACUCUACUGCAAAAAGAUGGUUAUAUUCCUUGGGAGACAUUCAAGGCAACCUUCUUGGGAAAUUAUUUCCCUAGAGAUUUAAAGAAACAGAAGGCUAGGGAGUUCCUUGAGUUGAAACAAGGAAACAUGUCUAUAGGUGAAUAUGCUGCUAAAUUUCAUGAAUUGAUGAAAUACUGGCCUCACUAUCAACAUAAUGAUGGAGAGGAAGAUCUAUGUGCUCAAUUUGAACAUGAGCUUAGGCCAGAUAUUCGAGCUGCUGUUAUCAGUACUAAGGGUAAGACAGUGGAUACCAGAAUUGGUGGUCCUGUGAGGCAAGACCGAAGGCCUCCAAGAUUUUCUAGAGGACCUUACUCUAGUCCAAAUCAGUCUCAAGUGAAGGGGACUGUAUCUCAACAAGAUAGUAGUGGUGGUUCAGGUUCUUUCAGAAAGCCACUAAAAUGUUUCAAGUGUGGUAGACCUCAUAUUAAAAAGAAUUGUCCUCAACUUCCACUAACAUGUGACAUUUGUGGGAAAAUGAGACACUCUGCUAGUGUCUGUUGGUCUGCUCCACAAAAGAGCGGAAGCAUUAGUGUGGAACAAAGACCUGAAUCUAGAGCAAGCACUGGAAUAAAGCCAAAUGUGAAAGGCAAAGUUUUUGCUAUGAGUGGAGCUGAGGCUUCAAAAUCAGAGGAGCUUAUUAGAGAAUUACCUGUAUCUGAAUUGUCUUGUGAUGUUAUUGUAUCUACUACUACGGGUAAACCCGUAGCAACUUCUUCUGUGUGUUUAGGUUGUCCUGUGAUGAAAGUUUUGAUUUUUGGCACUAAAGUAUCAGAAAGUGCUAAACUCUUAGGUCCAGAUCCAUUGGAAAAUGUAAUGAGUGCUAAGGCUUUCAUGGUUCUAUUUUCAAUUGAGACUGAAAAGGAAAUGAAGCCUGAGUAUAUCCCAGUGGUUAGAGAUUUUUUUGAAGUUUUUCCUGAUGAUGUAACUAAAUUGCCACCGGAAAGAGAGAUUGAGUUUACUAUUGAUCUCAUUUCGGGAGCAAAUCCUAUUUCUGUUGCAUCAUAUAGGAUGUCACCAAUGGAGUUGGCUGAGGUAAAGAAAUAG